AUGAAACUCUUGAUUAGCAGCAUAGUGGGAUUGGUAUGGCUCACUCUGUGUAGUGCGCACAAUGUUCUGUUACCUCCUUACGGUCAACGCUGUUUUUACGAAACCUUGAACAAGAAGGACGAAUUGGCGGUUUCAUACCAAUUUGGUGACAGAGCCCUUGAAUCGACCGAGCAGUUGAAGGGUGACUUCGUGGUCUACGGUCCUCACAACCACGAGGUUAUUAAGGCUUUUAGGCAAGUCUCUCAUGGCGAUGUGCGCGUGACAGUCCCAUACGAUGGUAAAUAUGAAUACUGCUUUUCGAACGAGAAUUCAGGAAGCACCACUAAGGACGUGACAUUUAACAUCGAAGGCAUUGUUUACGUCGAUUGGAAUGACCCCAAGUCUGAUACUUUGGAUGGUGCCGUCAAGCAGCUGGCUAGAUUGACUCGUGAGUUGAAAAACGAACAGAGCUACAUUGUCAUCAGAGAAAGGACGCACAGAAAUACUGCCGAGUCUACUAACGAUCGUGUUAAAUGGUGGUCAGUGUUCCAGCUCACUGUGGUGGUGGCCAACUCACUUUUUCAAAUCUACUAUUUGAGGCGGUUUUUCGAGGUCACUUCUUAUGUAUGA